GAUAGACAUAUUCUUUUCGAUGCAGAGAGUACUACGCCUGACACUACAACGCACACGAUUAAUGGCUAGCUUUGGACAAGUAAUCAAUCCGAUGACGGGUGAGAACACAUGGCAAGAACGCGACGAGAAUUAUGAUUACCAUCAGGAAGUGGCCAAUGCUGGCUUUGGCGACAUGCUGCACGAUUGGGAACGCAAUCAAAAAUAUGAUGCGGCGCUGCGCAAAACAAUCGCUGCGAUGCGAGAGGCGGGCAGAGAAGUUCACGUAUUAGAUAUUGGCACCGGCACCGGCAUACUUGCAAUGAUGGCGCUUCGCGCUGGCGCCGACACUGUUACUGCCUGUGAGGCGUUCAUGCCCAUGGCAAAUUGUGCGCAGCGCAUUCUCAAUGCCAAUGGGUACGGCGAUAGGGUGCGGCUCAUACGCAAACGCUCGACGGACAUCGAAAUGGGCGUGGAUAUGCCACAUAGGGCCAAUUUGCUGGUGGCCGAGCUGUUGGAUACGGAACUGAUAGGCGAAGGUGCCAUUGGCAUUUACAAUCAUGCACACAACGAGUUACUCACCGCCGAUGCCCUGUGCAUUCCAGCCCGGGCCACCUGCUAUGCCCAGGCGGCACAAUCUGCGCUCGCGACGCAAUGGAACAGCCUAAAGAUGCUGGCCAGUCUGGAUGGUGACAUAUUACUGAAACCGCCGGCUCAACUGUUGCAGUGCAGCGGCGAGGCGGCGCUCCACGAUGUCCAGCUGUCACAGCUGCCAAUCGAUUCCUUCCAUGUGCUCACAGCACCAACGCCAAUCUUUCAAUUUGACUUCCAGCGCAAGCAGGCACGUGAACAGCAGCGAGAGAACAUCCUGAGACUGCAGAUUGUCCGACCGGGCAGCGUGGAGUUAAUCUUCUACUGGUGGCAAAUCGAACUGGACGAUAGGGGUGAGCAACUGCUCAGUUGUGCACCCUACUGGGCGCAUCCGGAGCUGGCGCAGCUGCAGCGGUCAAACUCGAGCAAACCGUUGGCGAAUGUGGUGCCGUGGCGUGAUCAUUGGAUGCAGGCCAUCUACUACAUACCUAAGCCACUGCAGCUGCACACUGCCGGCGAACAGUUCUAUCUGCGAUGUUAUCACGACGAGUACUCGCUGUGGUUCGAUGCGCACCAAACAGAGCCACCAUCACAGCCGGCACGGCGUCACUGCUGCACCUGUGAUCUGCACAUGACCUACACUCGCAAUCGGAUCGGUCAGCUCAAUCAGGGCACGCGGAAUAAGCGCUACCUGCGCUACCUGGAGCAGGCGGUGCAUGCGAAAGAAUCCGCACAUUUAUUGGUGUUGGGCGAUGGCUGCCUGCUCGGGCUUGCCAGCUCGGCUCUUGGCGCCGGCAGUGUUCGCUGCUUGGAGCCGCAUCGUUUCUCGCGCCGCCUGCUCGGUGCGAUAGCCAAGCACAAUCAGCUGAAGAACGUUUCGUUUGUGGAGAGCGUGCAGCAAUUGCAGCCGAUUGAAUUAGCAGCAAUUACACACAUAUUUGCGGAGCCGUAUUUCCUGAAUUCCAUUUUGCCCUGGGAUAACUUUUACUUUGGCACAUUGCUGUUGCAGCUGCUGGAGCAGAUACCAGCGUUAUCUGUUCAAAUCUCGCCAUGUGCUGCACGCAUUUAUGCACUACCUGUGGAGUUUCUGGAUCUGCACAAGAUACGCACCCCCAUUGGCAGUUGCGAGGGCUUCGAUCUGAGACUCUUCGAUGAUAUGGUACAGCGAUCAGCGGAACAGGCUGUAGCCCUGGUGGAGGCACAGCCACUCUGGGAGUAUCCUUGCCGUGCCCUUGCACAGCCACAGCAGCUGCUCAACGUCAACUUCGACAACUUCGGAGAGGAUAAACACAGUCAUGGCUGCCUUCAACUAACAGCAUCUGGCGAUUGCAAUGGCGUAGCAUUGUGGGUGGAUUGGCAGCUGGCGGCCGAUGAGAGUCCCAGAUCGAUUGUGAGCAGCGGACCCUCGGAGACCGUUGUGCCCGGCCAGCUUGUGAAGUGGGACAUGUUUGUGCGGCAGGGUGUGCACUUCAUCAGCCAGCCAACCAAGGACAGACGGCAGACAGACGCUGGCAAAAGGCAAUUGGAUUGGAGCAUCAACUUCAAACCGCGAUUGGGCGAGUUGAAUUUCAAUUUUUCGCUGCGUUCGAGCAGCGAGAAAAGCGAAUAAACAAAACAAAGUACAAAUUUUCAAA